UUGAGGAAACCUGGAGGAAACCUUGGAAAAGUAUAUCAACCUGGAAGUGUGAUGUCUUUGGCGCCUACCAAGGGCUUGCUAAAUGAACCAGGACAAAACAGUUGCUUUCUUAAUAGUGCUGUACAGAUUGUACAUGGUGACAAGAAUGAGAAGGAGCAACAGCCUCCAUUUUCCUUGCCUUGCCUUUUGUACAGUUUGGUUCCAGAAGGAGGGGAUGCAAGUGAAUUGGCAAUAGUGACUGUGGUGAGGAGGUGAGUCCACAAGAACCCAACAGCCAGCAGUGAAUUCAAGUCUACUGUAUAUAAUUUAUAGACUCUUGAAACCAAUGAAGCAUAUACUGUAUAUGCUAAUCUAACCUUUCCUAACCUUGAGUCUCCCAAUGUAUUUGCUAAGCAAAUCAGGCCAACAAGUAACUUUCAUGUAAUUUGAAACUUUUUUAAAAAACAACAACAACAACAAGUGAACCCUAAGGCUAGCAAACGACCACAGUGGCUUCCCAUUAUUGAGCUGGUGUAGUAUUUUCCAGAAAGGUUGUCAUUUUCCCUUGUAUGGCGGCUAGCAUGUCUGAUAAUUGCUUCUUGUUUGUAUGAACAGGCUCUUCUUCUACUUAAGCUGAAUUUGUAGGACUUCAUAAUAUUGUGGUUAUUUGUAUUCCAUAGAAAAUACAUGUUAAGAUGCUACUGAAUUUUAUCUUAGUUGUGCUAAAUUAAAUUUUGCUUUAGUAUGCACAAAUUAUCAAUGUUUGUCAUUUAAUCAUUUUUGGUAGACGACACGGAAAUGCCGUUUACCUUCCCGCCACAGCAGUACCUAUUUAUCUACUUGCACUGGUGUGGUUUCAAAGUGCUAGGUUGGCAGAAGCUGGGACAGAGCAACAGGAGCUUACCCACAUGUAUUGAAACAAAUUUGACCCUGUGUUUUCAGUGGUUGAUGAAGUAUUGGUUAUCCUCCUUGGCAAGGAGAUCCUCCUUGGCAAAGAGGACUUAAUCAAAGUAGGACUGCAGACUUGAAUACAUCACUCACAAUUGGAAAACUUUCCCUUUAAUUGAUCAGCAUUUCAACAUGGGUGUUAUAAAGCUUUGCUUAAGUAGGAAGAAAAUAAUUCCUUUGAAAAGCCUUUAAUAGGUUUCUUUUACUAACCUAUUAAGGCCACACACCGUUACAAAAGAUUCAAGAAUAUGUGAACAUAAAUUGCCAUCAGAAGUAAAUUGAGAGCAUUUUAGAAUGCACAUUAAAUGAAGUUAAAUGAUAACCUGUAUCUGAUGUGUUUGGAGUGAAUAUGCACUGCUAUAUAUGCAUUUAAAUAGGGCCAUGCUGAAUUAGGUUUUCUUCAUAGUCCUACUUUAAAUGUCUUUGCACUUUGACAUUGUAUCCCUUCUUUCAAGUAUUUGUUCAAAAUGGGUAAGAUAGGUUAGAAGUAUUUGUGAUUUGUUCAUGGAGAGAAUUGCAUGUGCAGACAAAGCUUGAUUUGAUGUUUUCAGCAGUUAGAAUUGCUGUAUUAUAGACAAGCCAUUGUUUAAAUUGAAGUAUAGCUGGUCAUUUCGGCCACUGAAAACCGCUCUGUGUAUGAUAACCUUUCAGCUAUCAUGGGGGAAAGUAUCUACAGCAUUUCAGUGAAAAUUCUAAUACUUCUUAGUUUUUGAUCUUCCUAUUAUCCUCCCUUCUAACAAGUAGUUUGAAUUUGCAUAUGCAUAACUUAAUUUUUUUCAGUGAAUCUAAUGGCACCAUUAAAACCAGAGAUGAUGAGCCUACAACUCCCAGCAUCCCUUGGCAACAUGAUCAUUGGUCAUGAAUGAUGGGAAUUGUAGUCCAGCAACAUCUUGAGGACUACAGGUUCUCCCCAUCCCUGCUUUGAACCAUCAUUCAUUCAUUUUACCGUCCAUCAUACAAAGAUCACAGGCUGGUUUACAAAAAUACAUACCAUAAUAACAAACAAAAACCAUACGACUCUCCCCACAGUUUAAAAUGCCAUAGAUUGUUUAAUUAGCCAAAGACCUGGGAAAAGACCAAUGUUUUGCCUUAUGGCUAAAGAUAUGUAACGAAGGUGCCAGGUGAAACUCCCUGGGGAGAGCAUUCCACAAGCGAGGAGUCACUGCAGAAAAGGCCCAUUCUUGUGUUGCCACCCUCUGGACCUCCCACAGAGGAAGCAGAUAAAGAAGGGACUCAGAUGAUGAUCACAGGGUCCGGGGUCUAGUACUCCAUGUUGUCAUGGUGUAUCAGUACUGUAAUGAAAGAUCAGUUUAUUGUAGGCCUUCAACUAUUUAUGUGGACAAAUAUGUUAUUGAAGAAAUUGAAACUUUUAUUUUCUGCCUCCUCAUCAUAGGUUUUAUGGCAACUUGACAUAUUUCGGCGAAGUUUAAGAGGUCUAUCAGGACAUGUUUGUCAGGGUGAUGCCUGCAUAUUCUGUGCUUUAAAGACUAUAUUUGCACAGUUCCAGCACAGUCGAGAAAAAGCACUCCCAUCAAAUAAUAUGAGGCAUGCCUUGGCUGAAAGCUUUAAAGAUGAACAGCGAUUUCAACUUGGUUUCAUGGAUGAUGCAGCAGAAUGUUUUGAAAACAUCCUUGAGAGAAUUCACUAUCACAUAGUACCAAGCAGUGAAACAGAUAUGUGUACUUCUAAAUCCUGCAUUACCCAUCAGAAGUUUGCUAUGACAUUAUAUGAACAGUGUGUAUGUCGCAGUUGUGGGGCAUCUUCAGAUCCUUUACCGUUCACAGAAUUUGUGCGUUACAUUUCAACAACAGCUCUAUGCAAUGAAGUUGAUAGAAUGUUGGAAAGACAUGAGCGGCUCAAGCCUGAAUUGUUUGCAGAACUGCUUCAGACUGCAAAUACUACUGAUGACUUCAGGAGCUGUCCUAGUAACUGUGGCCAAAAAAUAAAAAUCCGACGUGUUCUCAUGAAUUGUCCUGAAAUCGUCACAAUUGGCUUAGUCUGGGAUUCAGAACAUUCUGACCUAACAGAAGAUGUCAUCCGGAAUUUGGCAACACAACUUUAUCUUCCAGGGCUGUUCUAUAGAGUUACAGAUGAAAAUGCCAAAAAUAGUGAGCUUUAUCUCGUGGGGAUGAUUUGCUACGCAAGCAAACAUUAUUGUGCCUUUGCCUUUCAUACCAAGAGUUGCAAAUGGGUGCUGUUUGAUGAUGCUAAUGUGAAAGAGGUUGGAACAAAAUGGAAAGAUGUGGUGUCCAAAUGCAUUCGGUGUCACUACCAGCCAUUGUUGCUGUUUUAUGCAAAUCCAGAUGGUACACCUGUAUCAGCAGAAGAUGCACCAAGGCAGACAAUUCACUGGUCUCAUUAUAAAGCCUGUGCGGGAAAUGAAGAAGAACUUGGAUUUGAAAAGUCUACUUUUUCUAAGUCAGAUCGUGUGAAAGAGAAUGGGUUUGGAGAAUCAGUUACUCAGAAGAGUAAUAAAAAAUAUCAGCCAGAUGACUCAACUUUUAGUCGAAACCAUGUUCAGUCUGGUGGUGUCAGAGGAUCAGCUAAAUUAGGGCAUAAUGAACAUAGGGAAAAGGCAAAGGAUCUUUCCAGAGAGUGCGCUCAGAAGGUAGCCGAGAUGAAAAGCUUCUCCUCCUCCCUACGAAAAGAUGCUGACAGAGGAUCAAAAAGAGAAUCUGGAAAACAGAAAGAUCUAUCUGGAGAAGUCCGCCCCAAUUUUAAGCCAGGAUCGCCACCUUCUGGGAAUGGAUUUAAGCAGCAUUCUAAUGAACGUGUGUAUGGCAGUCAGGGAAAAGGACCUUACAGACAUGAAAAAGUACAUAACCAAAUCAGACCCACUGCACAAGUGUUGGGUUCAAACAAAACAGAUGGCUUUUCUGAUGGAGAGAAGAUGAACCGCGUAAAGACUGACAGCACCACUGGUUACGAUACGGACAGCAGCCAAGACUCCAAAGACAAGGGAAGCAUCAGUAGCAGCAAAAGUCGAAGCAGAGGUUGGAAGCCAAUGCGAGAGACACUAAAUGUUGAUAGCAUCUUUAGUGAAUCUGAGAAAAAAGAACACAGUUCAAAGCCCAAAUUAAAUGCAAGCAAUAAACCUAAACAUGAAAAGGAGCAGAGUUCAAACAACUGGCCAAAAGAAACUCGAAGUCAAAAAGGCUUGAUGACUAUCUAUGAAGAUGAAGCAAAACAGAAAGGGAGCCGGAGUUCGUUGGAUUCAGAAGGGAAAGGAAAUGCAGAAAAAAGUGUAGGAUUUACAGAGAGGAAAUCUCAUACUGAUAGUUGGCAGAUACAAAGGACUGAAUCUGGUUAUGAAAGCAGUGAUCAUAUAAGCAAUGCAUCUGCUAAUCUGGAUUCACCUGUCAUUGAAGGAACCAGCCCAGUAGAUACUACCACAAUUAAGGAAGCUGUUUCCUGCAGUGACCAGUUAAACAGAUAUUCUGGGUGUAUCUUGCAGUCUACCUCCCAGCAGAACAAAAACUCUUCAGAUGCCUUGAAGAAAGACCAGGUUAAUACUCAUACAAACUAUAGAUCUCAUAACCUACCUUCAACAUCUCAUCUGCAUAUGCAAAGGACUGACAUACCUGAUUGCAAUAAGAAGCUUUUUCCUUCGUUAACACUACAGACCGCUUUAAAAGACCACUCUGAGAGAGAAAUGAAGAACAGUGCACUUAGUGAGCAAAGCUCUGCACAGUGGCCUACUGAAGAGAUACUUGAUGAAACAAACAUAGCAGUACGCAGUGCUGAUAAUUCAGCUUCUUACAAUGGCGAGAACUUAACCAUGUCUGAAAAGGUUCAAAACAGUGAGUCUCUCUCUUCCCAUUUGCAGUUGCCUCAUACAAGGACAGUUAGACCCAGGCCAGCGCUUGCAUUUUUCUUACAACAGAAUAUAUCCAAACCUUCCUAUACUGAAUCUGCUGCACCUGCUGAACGUAAACUUCAUUUGUAUAGUAGUAGGACUGAUGAUGACACACAAGAAGCAAUUUACCAAAAUCUUCCUCCUCCUUUACCACCAAAGAAAUAUGCUCUCACCGGUUUGCAUGGAUUAGAAUAUGAAUCUGCUGUGGAUUUAAAAUCAACAGAAGUACCGGGCACAAAUCCUUCCAAUGUUGAAAGGCAUGUUGCAAGGGUAACUUCAAAGACUGUACCUGAAGCAAGUCCAUUUACAUAUGAAGAAAGACUUAAAUCAUCAUUUCACGGGAAUGAGUCUUCCAAGAUGAAUUUUCCGUCAAGUUUAUCAGUAAACGAUCUGCAGGCUGUAUCCAAUAAUUCUAUAUAUAAGGGAGCUUGCCCCACAGGACAAAGUGUUAGCUCCCUGGAUGCAAAUGCCAAUGAUAUUGUAUCUCUUACUACUUACUUUUCAGUUGACAACUGUAUGACUGAUACAUACAGGUUGAAAUACCACCAGAGACCCAAGCUGUAUUUUGCAGACACUGGCAUGUUAAACAAAGAGACACCUUUGCCACCAAGUGGAAUACAGAUGAACACUUCAUACCACAGUAAUUCUGAAUCAAAUUAUCCUACAACUGAUCAGAGACAUAAACCCAGCAUUGGAAAUAUAUAUUGCAAUAGGUAGAAUAUGCAACCAUUGAGCAUAAAUGCUUGGCGCCCCAACAUGUUGCAAUGUUUAGGUUUCUGUACCUCACUUAUACUUCAUUUAGAAGUUACAGCUAUUGAAUGAUAGUUUUGCACAUGCAUGUGUGUUUAAGAGAGAUGCAAAGACUUUUGGACCUGUUACUUUUGUGCUUUAACAAGAUUUGCACUCAUUAUAGGCUAAUGCAGAAUUAUUCAGCCAGCAUUGUUACUUUUAAAAUUAGAAUCUACAAGAGAUCCCCUUUAAACUGGCAUUCAUUUGAUAAAUAGGAAUAGUUUGCUUUUUGCAACUAAUGAAUGCUGAACCUUUUUAAUACAACUUUGUUUAGAACAUAUUUUCAUACUAACUAGUAGAAAUCAUUAUGAAAUACCUCCUUCGGGUUCCGAUCUCACAAGUGUUUAAUAUUAGUUAUUCAUCUCUAUUUCAGGGCACUUUCUUUAUAUUACAUAAUGUAAAUCAUGCAUCUUUUAAUCACCAACCACCAUUUUAUCAAUCAUAGAAAGAUAGGAUGCUGCCUUACACAGAGUCAGAUCAUUGGUCCAUCUAGCUCAGUGGUGUCUGCACUGACUGUUAGGGGCUCACCAUGGCUUUAGACAGGAAUUUCUCCCAGUCCUACCUGGGGAUUGAAUCUGGGACCUUUUUGCAUGCAAAGCAUGUGCUCUAUCACUGAGCCCAAGGCCCUUCUCCAGGCAAGAAAUGCUUAUGCAUAAUUGUUCAAGAUCUCUGAUGUAGAAUAGCCUUUCAUGGUUUUGGAAUGGUGGGUUGUGGGUAGGGAAGUCCAUCCCAUGACGCUUACUGUUCUGGCUUAAUGAAUUAUGGCUACAAUGUUAUAUUAUUUAUUUGGUUUUUAUACCUACAAACUUCGCCAAAGGAUACAUGCCGUAACAAAGAAGUACAGUCUCCUAGGGGUUUGUGUCACCUUGGGUUUCAAUUGGAAUAUUUUGCUCCCGGGAUAUGUAAAGUUUUCACAAUAAGGAAUGAUUUGUGUGUUUGUAUGGGAAGUUUAUUUUCCAAUGGAGGCACUUUCAGACCAGCUCAUGUUAAAACUGAAGUGAUAGACCUUUGGGAACUGUACUACCUCAAUAUGGCAUGUUGAGUCUGUCCUUAGUGUACAUAAACCAAGGGAAUUUCAUUAGUUCAGGGGUAGCCAAUGUAUGGGUUGCAUGCUGCAUCUGACCUUUUCCCCAGGUCUACAUAGCUCUGUGAUAUCAAUAUUUAGCUACCUGCCUGUAGAUUGGUCAUAUCCAGGGUAGGAACCUUUGAAGGCCGUAUGUGGCACAUUGUCUAUAGGUGGUUAUCAGUGUAAGGAGGUGAGCUUUUCUAUGGAGACAGACCCUUGUUAAGGAGUUCUGAGCAAACAGAGAAUAAGUAUUCUUGAAGAUACUUUAUAAAGUACUGGACCGACCUAAGAAUCUUACCUGGAACCCCUUGCAAGAUUGUGAAAAGUGCAUUUAACGGGAGUGUUGUCAUGACUUUCCCUUUAUAUUCAGGUACUAUUAACUAAAAAGUUACAGUAGUUCUAAUACUGUUGCCUUGCCACAUUGGUAAGAUUUUUUUGCUGUUGUAAGCUCACUUUAAAACUAUUUUAGUUUAGACUGCAAUCUUUCAAAUACUGGAAGAUAUGCUGAUAUCAGAACUAUGCACAGAAUGGUACAUAUAAUAUGAAAAAUUGUGCAGAAAGUUUGUUGAGUUCCUUGAGUUAAUUAUUUACAUUGCCCUGAAUAUCUUGUAACAAAGUCAGUCCAUCAGAUGUUUAGUAUUUGAAAUGAUGCCUUAAUAAGUCACUUUGAGUUUAUCUUAAUAUAUAAAAUAGUAGCUAGAAUUUCAAAUAGCAAUAGCUGGUGUUCCACACAGCCUACUUUAAAUAUUGCAAAUUCUGCAUAGCAGUUGGAUGUACUAGGGGUUGGUUGGGACUGUCUUUGUGCUGCAGGAAAGAUUUUCAUAUCAUGAAUUGUAUAUAUUUUUAUAUUGAAACUUGCUCUGGAAAACAUUAUUUAUAUAUCUCUGCAUGUAUGGAAAAUACUGUUUGGCUUUCCAAACAUUUUAUUUAAAACUACAAGCAGGGGCACAAAAAAAAAAUCCUCAGGAGCUAUCAUGAUCUUUGAGGAGGGGAAAUGUUAUGGCAAAAGACUGUGGGUUGCAUCCUACAAAGUGAUCCUGUUUGUGAAAGGACUUCCACUUGUAUUAUGGAGCUUCCCCUCCCUCUCUCAGCUGCCCCCUAAAUAUGUUUUGGGGGUUCCUAAACUGUCUCAAGAUGCUUAAGCAUAAGUCCUUGCAUGGACAGGACAACUUUACUGGAUACAACCCUUUAAUUCACUUUUGAUAAGUGUUUUGAAUAAGGCCUUCAAGAUGAUUGCUGGGAGAAAAAUGUAAAUGCCUUUUAAUUUUAAUCAUAGUGAUAGUUAAUAUAUUUUUCAAACACUCCAUAAUGCUUGCACUGUACUUGGAUUAAAUCCAGAAUAUGUUUGUGCUUUUAACCAAAUUGUGACAAUCAUAGCAUAGCUGCCCAUGACUUUGGGUCUAUUCAAGACAUUUCUUUGUUCGAGGACUUGCAUGCUUCAUCAUUGUUGGCAUAAAGUAAUGUCUGCAUUGUGAGAUUUCACAUUUAUUUGAAUCUGGGAUGUUUUUGGCCCAGUCAUGCCUAGUCUAGAUUUGGAGGCCAAGUAAUGUCUGAACAGACCUCUUAUGUUUAUGUUAAGUGUCUUAACCAUAAACAUAACCUAAGAUUUGUUGCUUACCGGUAUGUAUGCACCAGACCAAAUAUCCUUCAACACUUGCUCCACAUAUUGUUCCCUCCUUUGCUGCUUCUAUCAGUAGUGCUGCUGCAAGCUUGUACAUAUAACACACACUUACAACACUUAGGACUGCAAGUGAAACCAAACCUUUUCCCUUCAAUUUAGGACAGAAGGAAUUUCAUCUAAGCAGCUGUGUAAAGUUCCUGUUUCUAAUACAGUACUUGAGGGUUUUUAAAAUAAGUAAGUAAACUUUUCUCUCUCAUUCCUUAUAAACAAAUAACAUGUUGUUGUAAAGCCUUCAUGGGCAGAAGUGGCAUUGUGACAAGUACUGGAAUCUUAAGUGUACAGUUGAAAGCUCUUACUGAAAUGUAUUUGAAUUUGCAGUAUUUAUGUAAAGACUAACAAAUGUGAAUGACCUACUGUAAGAGCGUUACUACAUUUUAAAAAUGUGCAUAGCAAAAUGUCACUUUACAAACGAGAAAUGUUAAUUUGUAAAUUUGUUUCUAACGUGCUUGUGGGCACAGUCAACAAAUGUAUUCUGUUUGUAAGAAAGUUGAGUAGCAUCAUACUUUCGGAAGUGUACAUGUCCUUUAAAGAAUCUUACUGGUAGAUGUUUUUUUUUUGUUUUCAGUCUUUGUAGACAAACUUUUGUACAGAUCUGUGGCUACCAGCUAAUGCUUCUGUCAUAACAGAUGGUCAAUUUUAACUGACCGUGCACUCUUAGUAGAUGAAUAUUUGCUAGCAAAUGUGCAUACAUUGAUUUUUGACUUCUCCAGGGUGCCUAUUUUUAUAAUUGUUCCCUUCAGAUUAUAGAUUUGUACGACUUUUGUAAUGUUAAAUGCAUUUAACAUGUCUUGUAAAAAUAUUUUCAUUGUCUAGAAAAUUUUAAUCCAAAGUUGCAUUUUUCUGCCCAUUCAACUGUCAGAUAAAAAUGGAGUUACCCUACAGAGUGUUUAUCUACUUCACUUGUGUGUUUGUUCCUAGCUAAGGUUUGUGUUUCACUGUUGAUAAACGUUAUUUUCAAGAAAAGGGAUAUAAUGUUGCUUACCACUGAAAGACUUCUCACACUGGGAUUGUGAACCUUUGUGUCAAAUGAGCAAGCUAGCUGGUAGAAAAUCGGUUUUCGUGGCUUCCUUCUGCUCUAUUGCAUUUUUCAUUGCAUCUAAGAAUUAACCUUGCAGGAUUUUGUGAGACUUGUGUUCCUGUAAACAGGUGGCUAACCUGUGACCCUCCAGCUGCUGCUGGGAAUUGGGAAUUUAACAAAAUCUGGAGGGGCACAGCUACCUGUGCUGUAAAAAGGCUGAAAUGAAUUCCUUGUUGUGGAACAUAUUUGACACGGGUCAAGUUCAGGAUUAAGUCCAAACUCGUUUAGUGUAGUCUCCUCUUUGUUAAGUGUGUAGAGUUGCAGCCUUAAGUGGAACAAGAGCUGUGGGGCUAUAACCAGACUAGCAUAAAAGUUCUUGACCUUUUAAAUAUCAAUUUUCUUAUGUGCUCUAGUUUCAGAUUUUCAAUACAGUCAUACCUUGGUUUUCGAACAGCUUAGUUCCCAAACGUUUUGGCUCCUGAAUGCCGCAAACUUGGAAGUUACUGUUCCGGUUUGCAAACUAUUUUUGGAAGCCGAACGGACCUCCAGAAUGGAUUUCGUUCGACUUCCAAAGUACGACUGUAUAAGCAUAUAACUACCAUGCACAGUGAUACUGGAGCCCACACUGGUGGCAGCAAUGUUAGUUCAUACCCUGUUCAUAUUGUAUGGCAAGGGAGACACACCUUCAUUCCCUGCCCACCCCUCCAUUUUUGAAUGUUUUCUUCUUCUCAACCACUCCUUUCAUAGCAUAGAAUCAUAGAAUCUUAAGUUGGGAGGGGACCCAGGGGUCAUCUAGUCCAACCCCCUGUAAUGCAGGAAUCUCAGCUAAUGCACCCAUGAAAGAUGGCCAUCCAACCUCUGUUUAAAAACCACCAAGGAAGGAGAGUCCACCACCACCACCUGUUGUGGGAGUCUGUUCCACUGCUAGACAGCUCUUACUGUCAGAAAGUUUUCCUGAAUGUUUAGUUGGAAUCUCCUUUCUUGCAACUUGAAGCCAUUGGUUCAAGAUCUACCCUCCAGAGGAGAAAACAAGAUUGCUUCAUUUUCCACGUGACAGCUUUUACGCAACGCUGAGAACAAAGUGUUUUUAAAGAGACACUGCUCAAAUGUGUGGUAAGAGGCUAGGAAGGCACUGUGCUUACCUUCAGAUAUGCACAUGUUCUUUUGCGAAACUCUGAACCCACAGGCCAGUCAAUGCAAAGGACAAACACAGCUGUCCUAUCUAAUUCAGUUUGGCUGUUGGAAUUGGCCAUAUCGCCCAAUAAAAGGGAUAUUAGCUUACCCUUAACCAUCUGC